AUGGCCCCUGUUCUACCUCCCAACCUCUCUCAAAGACAAGUGGCGGCCCCACUGCCCCCUGGGUAUGGCCAGCCGGGUAUGCAGCAGGUAACUCCGCCUGCCCCUCCACCAUCGCAGAUUCCACCUGCUCAACAACCACCUCUGAACACUCAACCGUCCAUUCCUCCUCAAAUGCCUCCAGGCGGGAAUAUGCCCGUUCAAUCAUCCCAGGUACCUCCUCAGGGGGUCAACCCACCUCUGCAGGCACAGGUAUCGCCUUCGCCUUCUCCUGUGAUGCCCCCAACAGGACCCAUGACCCUUCCGAACGGCGCCCCGGCUGGAGCUUCAGCUAUUCUCUCAGGCAGACCUUUAGUCACGCAGACGAUCACGGCACAAGCGACAGGCGGGGCUUACGGGUACGGUCCAGCUCCGAAUGCCAUUCCAGGAGGGGUCUUUGGGCAACAAGAUCCGUACAGCGCGAGUCAAAAGAAUACCACAGGGUCAGAUUCGGGUACUGCGAUUGCUGUGGGUGUUGUCUUUGGACUGCUCGUUCUAGCUAUACUGGGUUUCCUUCGGUGGCGAUACUGGCAAUACCGCAAGAAUGGCGGUACCGGAACCCGAUGGGAAGCCUUUUUCGGCAAAUCCCAGCGGCGGGAAGAAGCCAAAGCUAAGGCCGAACAGAAGGAUACUUGGAAGAACUGGCCGAUGUUGCGGUAUGUGCCCAAGUAUACAUUUGGGGAUAUGGCCGAAGAUAAUGAUAAGAAGGAGAAGGAGGAGGAGGACAGGAAGAAGAAGAUGGCGGCUGCUUCGAAGAAAUGAUCAAUACGUAGUGGAUUGUACAGCAGAGGAGGGUCAUGUAACGUGACCGUACAAUGCAGGGUAUCAGUCUAGCGGAACGCAUCUAUACAUCUCAGGUAACAAACCCUAUACUAAACAAGCACACGUCUUGAUGCCAUCCUCUAGAGGAGAUUAGUAGCUCUUCGUUCAUACCUUCGCUAAUAACUUGUCGUUGGUAUGCAAGCGAGCUACACCGAUCGGAAUCGUAAGCUUUCUAUUCGGUGAAAGCGGCAUCUUUUGACUUACCGAAACCGGCCAGCAAGCCACCUCCGAAAGAGCAACAACCUGCAAACGUGAUGAUCCACUUCCAACCUUGAGUCUCGUCUCGAAUGACACCGGCGAUGGCAGCACCAAACAGAUUUGGAGGUAUUUGGAACAACAGAAUGAAGCCGAGGUUCGUAGCCAGGGCUUCGGGACCGAAUAUUUCGGUGACGGCACCGGGUAUGCAAACUUGAAAACUGGUGGCGAACUGU